AUGGAGUCAAGCGUUAUUGAGCACGAGGAUAUGGACGAGGAGGGUUCUUUGCCGUUUUGUGAAGAUAGUGGGGCUUUUCAUUCGGUUUUUGAAGACGAUUUUGAGCAAACUCUUGCUAUGCUCGAUAUGGACGUCGAGGAAGUGAUGAUCGAGGUUGAAAAUUCUCAUGAAGAGGUGAGUUAAAAUAUCAAAAACAAAGUAAGCCAUGUCUUUUCAAUAAGCGAACUUAUAAUCAAACUUUAAUCUUCAUCUCUAGGUCGACGGAAACAAGCAAUUUGCGAGAAAAUUUGCAAGUCGAAGGGUGGUCGAACCAAAACAGCAGCGAAGCAAACACAUGGCCGAAUUAGGGGAAAGUUCAACUUCGUCUUCUACCAGAGACGUCGUAAUUACGACGAAUAAAACCAGGGAUAUCAUCCGAGAUAUUGGUCGCUAUUUAACGGACGAGAAGCUUCACAAGCCAGAGCAAGCUGCAGAAGUUUUAAGCUGGAACCAAGUGAGUCCUUUGUGA